UUUGGUGGGGAGACAGCAGCUCUCAGCAGCAUCAUGACCAUCAAUGAGUAUUCUACACAGCCUUCAGCACAACGUGAUAAAACCUGAUACUCCGCCUACGCUCCAGUUGCUGAUUGGCGUUACGCAGGUAUCCAGCUAUUAUUUAUUAGCCCAAAGUGUGGACGCCUCAUUCAUCCUGAUCGGAUCUCACUGCAGGAUCUAUCCGUCUGCACUGUACUCUGCACCAGGGCGCACGGAGACUCUUUUAUCAAACUAUCUGCUCUACAGAAAACAGGCGGUGCUGAGAAAAUGAGGAGAGGUUUGCUGCUAGUGGCUCUGUUCCUCGUCAUGAAACUUCGAUACAGCCAGUCCAGAUGCGAGGAGCCCGGAUCGCGCAGAUCAACUUCAGAUCAGACCACAGGCUUGGACAACCUCAAGCGGAACAUUCUGAAGAGGUAUAGCGAUUUGGAUUAUGACAGCUUUGUAGGUCUGAUGGGCAGAAGAAACGCCGAUGAUAACGCUGUACAGUCACCACAAAAAAGAGAAAUGAAUGACAUUUUUGUUGGUCUUAUGGGAAGGAGAAACUCAGAGCCUGAUAAUGGUCCCUGGAGGAGAGAGUAUCCAGAGAGGAGAGGCAUUUUUCUCAACAAGUGUAGGCUGAGGUUUCUACAGGGGCUGUAGACAUUCAUAUCGAAGCAACUCUCUCAUCUGGCAUCGAUGACAGAAGAUCACAGAGAAGACAAGAAAUGAGUAAAUGCCGUGAUUCACACUGUAAACCUGCCAGCCGAUUUAUGAAAGUGACCAUGAACUACACAGAUUAUUAUUAUUAGUAUUAUUAUUCUAUUUCUUUAUCAUGUUAUUUCUUCAAAUGUUCAAAAUAAACCUCAUUUUUUUUAUACAUCAUGUAUUCAUUUAAAACGUUGGUGCAUUUUCCUGAAGCUCUGGAUGAGUGGUUCUUUAAGCUCGACAAGCUCCAGUGCAGACAGUAAUGUGCAAUCACACCUGAUACAAUUUCUAUUGUUGGGUUAUAUAAAAUCACUUGACAAGAGA